AUGACCGACGUUCCUGUCCCCGGUGGAGCUCCUCGAGCUCCAUACACCUCCGGCCAGCGCCGCUCCUCCUACGCCUCCGUCGUCUCGGGCACCGCUUUCUCUCCCCCGAUCUCGAACUCUUUCUCCCAUCUAAUCAACUCGAACCCCGUCUCUUCCUACCCGCCGCCCUCUUUGCUCGACGGCCGGUUUCACCGGGGCUUCGAUGCCGACAUGCAGCUCAACCCAGUCUGGAGAUCCAACUCAUCGCCUGAUUCCCUACCUCCAUACUCCCGCAAGUAUGCGAGCUACCUGCGCCCGAUCGAAUACAACCCGCUCGGUUUGACCGAUGGUCCGACUUUCUUCACCCCCUCCUACCUCCGCAACUCCCGCUACAUCUAUCGCCUCGACGCCGCUCAUCGAGCUAAGCUAGCUCAGCAGCGCGAGACCUCUACAACUUCCGCUUCCAAUCUUCCCCUCUCCGCCUCGUCUAGCAAUGUUCAUCUUCCCCGCAUGGCCCCGUCCCAUCGUGGCAUGACCUAUGAGAUCAUCGAGAAGGAACCCCCCAUCACCGCAGACCCCCUCACACCGCUGCCGAGCCAGUGGAGUUCAUCGGAUAAAUACGCCGGACUGGAGCUAUCAAAUGAUGCUCUCGAUGUGCGAUACACGGGCCCGGUCCACAAACACGACCAUGAAGCUGCGGCGCUAAGGGCGGAUAACCCCAUGCCGCCACAGUGUGGUAUAUACUACUUUGAGAUUAAGAUCGAGUCCAAGCCAAAAGAGGGAAUGAUCGGUAUCGGAUUCUCAAGUACUAAGGCUUCUGUUGAGAGACUCCCUGGCUGGGAGCAGGAAUCCUGGGCCUAUCACGGUGACGACGGGAAGUCGUUUUUCGGCGAGAGUCAAGGACAGGGUCGUUCGUAUGGGCCAACUUUUGGUGUUGGAGAUACCGUCGGAUGUGGAGUCAACUUCUCUACCGGUUCAGCUUUCUUUACCAAGAACGGCGUCUUUUUGGGUACGGACCCCAUCAAUCGCGAAACCAGAAAUUCAGAAGGAGAACUGACAACAAAAGGCAACGCUUUUCAUGAUCUGCGCAAUGUGAAGCUUUAUCCGUCUGUCGGCAUGAAGAAACAGCCGCCCGUACACUUGAAAGCGAACUUUGGACAGGAGCCAUUUGUGUUUGAUAUUGAUGGCAUGGUUAGGCAAGAGAGAGCAUCGAUACAGGCUGAGAUCAACAACACAAGCACCGAUAACUUACAGCCGCCGCUGGACGAGUCAACCCUUCUUCAGGAACUAGUUGCCCAAUUUCUCGCCCAUGACGGCUACGUGGAGACUGCGCGUGCGUUCGCCGAAGAGGUAGCCACCGAGACGGCAGCGCUGCAAAACGGCCAGCAAGAACCACUAAAGAAAUACGAAGUGGAGGAGGACCGAGAAGCUAUCAACCGGAACAAAAUCCGCGCCGCCAUCCUCGACGGCGACAUUGACAAAGCCCUCAAACACACCAAAGCCUAUUACGCCAACGUCCUCGAAGAUUACCCCCAAAUUCACUUCAAGCUCCGCUGCCGCAAAUUCCUUGAAGUCAUGCGCCGCUACAACGAGCUCUCGGCCCCGGAACCAACUAAACGCCCCUCUUCCAGCAUCCCCGACGAGCAUGCCGUCUUCGAUCAGGAAAUGGAACUCGAUGGCGGAACCUGGGGCGCAGAUGGCAUGGAUACCGAGGAGCUUGAGACCACGGCGCAGUUCAAUGAACUACUCACUGAGGCGGUGCAAUACGGUCAGCAAUUGAGAAUGGAUUAUCCGUCUGAUGAGAAUGGCGGUGAUAAGAAGAUGCUGGAUGAUAUAUUUUCGCUGGUUGCGUACUCUGAUCCGAAGCGCUCGGUGCAUGGCCAUUAUCUUGAUCCUGCGGGGAGAGUCGCUGUUGCUGAGGAGUUGAAUUCGGCCAUUUUAGUCUCACUAGGGAAAUCAUCCUCUGCAGCGCUAGAGCGUUUAUACCAGCAAACGGAGGUCCUAGUAAAUGAGAUCAGCGAAGAAGGCGGCGCUGGGGCGUUUAUCAAUGUUCGGAACGACGUUUUGCUUUGA